AUGGUGCAGUGCAUCUCUACUUACAAUCAGGCUAGAUUCCCAAGCCUCUACAAAGACUAUUUCUUUUCAGAUCUAAAAUGUUUUCUUUUUCACAGAACAGUAGGAUUUGGCACCCAAAGCAGAGGUUUGAAACCAUGGAUGAUUGCCCUUCUCAUUGUGUUAUUACUGACAGUGGUGGCAGUGACUAUUGGUGUUCUGGCUCACUUGUUAUUCUCUGGCCAGAAAAUGGAGUAUUAUCACAGCACCUUUAAAAUUUCAGAUCUACCAGUCAAUAGUAAUUCUGGACAAAACAGCACAUACCAACUUAAGGUCUUACGGGAGAUGAGCGAGAAUUUGGUGGAUGAGAUAUUUAUAGAUUCAGCCUUGAACAAGCAUUAUAUCAAGAACCAAGUAGUCAGACUGACUCCAGAGGAAGAUGGUGUGAAGGCAGAUAUCAUUAUGGUGUUCCAGUUCCCCUCUACUGAGCAAAGGGCCUUAAUAAAGGAGAAAAUCCUUAGCAUCUUAAAUCAGAAGAUAAGGAACACAAGAGCCUUACCCAUAAAUUCCUCUUCAGUUCAAGUUAAUGCAAUGAGCUCAUCAACAGGGAAGCUAACUGUCCAAGCAUGUUGUGGUAAAUGAGUUGUUCCAUUAAUAGUCAACAGAAUAAUGUCUGGAGACAUCGCAGCCAAGGCUGCCUGGCCUUGGCAAGCUUCCCUUCAGCGUAAUAACAUACAUCAGUGUGGGGCCACCUUGGUCAGUAAUACGUGGCUCAUCACUGCAGCACACUGCUUUACGAAUAAUGCAAAUCCACGUCAAUGGACUGUUAGCUUUGGGACAACAAUCAACCCUCCACUACUAAAUGUCAGAAUAAUUAUUGUCCAUGAAAGAUAGCACUCCCCAGCAAGAGAAAACGACAUUGCUGUCGGGCAGUUCUCUCCCAGGGUCACCUUUACUGAUGACAUCCACCGGGUUUGUCUGCCAGAAGCCUCUGCAUCCUUCCAACCAAAUUCCACUGUCUAUAUCACAGGAUUUGGAGCACUCUUCUAUGGUGGGGAAUCUCAAAAUAAUCUUCAAGAAGCCAAACUGAAAAUCAUAAGUGAUGAUGUGUGCAAGCAACCACAUGUAUAUGGCCAUGAUAUAAAAUCUGGAAUGUUUUGUGCUGGAUAUCUGGAAGGAAUAUAUGAUGCCUGCAGGGGUGAUUCUGGGGGACCUUUAGUUGUAAAGGAUCUUAAAGGUACCUGGUAUCUCAUUGGAAUUGUGAGCUGGGGAGAUAACUGUGGUCAAAAGAACAAACCUGGAGUCUACACAAAUGUGGUUUAUUACCGAAACUGGAUCACUUCAAAAACCGGCCUCUAA